AAUAAAUUUUUUGGUUACCAAACAUGCACAACGUGGUCUUUGAUUUAUAAAAGAGUUGUGAGUUGAGUUUAAUUUUGUGAGCGAAUAUAUACAUGCAAGUCAUAGUAUAACAAGUUGAAGGGAAAAAAUGGCAAGCGGUAGUACUGCAAAAUGGAGAGAUCAUCAGGGUCUAGAUGUUUUUUCAAAAUCAACAAGAGAUGUUGAAGAUGAUGAAGAGGCUUUAAAAUGGGCUUCUCUCGCAAAGCUUCCUACUUUUGAUAGGUUAAGAAAAGGCUUGCUUCUUGGAUCACAAGGUGCUGGCUUUGAUGAAGUUGAUAUUGAUCAUCUUGGACUGCAGCAGAGAAAGAAUUUACUGGAGAGGCUAGUAAAGGUGGCUGAGGAAGACAACGAGAACUUCUUGUUGAAGCUCCGACAUCGAAUUGACAGAGUGGGACUGCAGUUGCCUACAAUUGAAGUUAGAUUUGAGAAUCUGCAUGUCGAAGCAGAAGCUUUUGUAGGGAGCAGAGCUUUGCCUUCUUUUACCAACUUCAAUCUUGAGAUAUUGGAGGGGCUGUUAAGUAUUUUCCAUAUAUUCCCAAACAAGAAGAAGUUAACUAUCUUAGAAGAUGUUAGCGGAAUCCUUAAGCCUAGCAGGAUGACAUUACUUUUGGGUCCUCCCAGUUCAGGGAAGACCACACUGAUGCUUGCAUUGGCUGGGAAGCUAGAUCCGUCCCUUAAGACCUCUGGAAGCGUGACUUACAAUGGCCACAGCAUGCAAGAGUUCGUUCCUCAAAGAUCGGCUGCCUAUAUCGGCCAAAACGAUCUCCAUAUAGGAGAAAUGACCGUGAGAGAAACCUUGGAUUUCUCUGGAAGAUGCCAGGGGGUAGGAUCACGCUAUGAAAUGUUGGCAGAGCUGGCAAGAAGAGAGAAAGACGCAAAUAUUAAACCUGAUCUUGAUGUUGACAUCUUUUUGAAGGCAGCUUCAACAGCAGGUCAAGAGGCUAGUGUGGUCACAGAUUAUGUCUUAAAGAUUUUGGGACUUGAUGAGUGUGCAGACACUAUGGUAGGAGACCAGAUGAUCCGGGGUAUAUCUGGAGGACAGAAGAAACGUGUUACAACAGGUGAGAUAUUGGUAGGACCUGCGAGGGCACUUUUUAUGGAUGAGAUAUCUACUGGUUUGGACAGUUCGACAACUUUUCAAAUUGUAAAAGUGCUGCAGCAUACUGUGCACAUUCUGCAAGGAACUGCUCUUAUAUCUCUCCUGCAGCCUGCUCCGGAAACUUUUGAGCUGUUUGAUGACAUUAUUCUCUUAUCUGAUGGCUACAUAGUGUAUCAGGGUUCCCGUGAACACGUGAUUGACUUUUUUGAAUCUAUGGGUUUUAAAUGCCCAAAAAGGAAAGGUGUCGCAGAUUUCUUGCAAGAAGUGACAUCAAAGAAAGAUCAGAAACAGUACUGGCUACACAGAGAUCAACCUUACAGAUUCAUUACAUCCAUGGAAUUUGCUGAGGCUUUCCAGUCAUUCCAUGUCGGAAAACAAGUUGGCAAUGAUCUUGCAACCUCAUUUGAUAAAAGCAAAAGCCAUCCAGCUGCUUUAACCACUGAUAAGUAUGGUGUUAGCAAGUCUGAACUAUUUAAAGCCGUGACUGCAAGAGAAAUUUUGCUUAUGAAGAGAAACUCUUUUGUAUACUUAUUCAAGCUGUUUCAACUUACUGUUAUGGCAAUGAUACUGAUGACACUGUUUUUAAGAACUGAGUUGAACCAUAAUACACCUACUGAAGGUGGGUUGUACAUGGGUGCUUUGUUUUUUGCUGUUGUUAUGAUCGUGAUUAAUGGAAUGGCAGAUCUUGCCAUGACAAUAGCAAAGCUUCCUGUUUUCUACAAGCAAAGAGACCUCCUUUUUUUCCCUGCAUGGUCAUACGCUCUUCCAACAUGGAUUCUCAAAAUACCCGUGUCAUUUUGGGAAGUCGGCGUGUGGGUAACCCUAACUUAUUAUGUAAUUGGAUUUGAUCCAAAUGUUGGAAGAUUGGCUAAACAUUACCUGAUACUCUUACUAGCACACCAAAUGGCUUCUGCACUCUUCCGGAUGAUUGGGGCACUGACAAGGACUCUGAUACUUGCAAACACAUUUGGUGGAAUUGCAAUGCUUUUACUAUUUUCGUUAGGCGGCUUUGUGAUGGCACGAGGGGAUGUGAAGGACUACUGGGUAUGGGGUUACUAUAGCUCCCCGGUGAUGUAUUGUAUGAAUGCCAUUGCGGUGAAUGAAUUUCUUGGUCACCAGUGGAGCAAAUUAACUUCAUAUGGGGGUGAGACCAUAGGGGUUGCAGUUUUGAAAUCUCGAGGUUUCUUCCCCUAUUCAUACUGGUACUGGAUAGGCGCUGCGGUACUUGUUGGAUUCAAAUUUGUAUUUAACUUUGGGUACACAUUGGCACUUACAUUUCUUAACCCUCUGGGAAGGCCUCAAGCGGUUGUAACAGAAGAGAGUGAUGCAGCUGGACAAGCUGCUGAGUUGGCUGAGAAUAAUCAGAACAAGAAGAAAGGAAUGGUUCUUCCAUUUGAACCACAUUACAUCACAUUUGAUGAUAUUAAAUAUUCUGUUGACAUGCCACAGGAAAUGAAAGAGCGUGGUGUUGCAGAAAAUAAACUGUUGCUUCUGAAGGGUGUAAGUGGAUCUUUUAGACCAGGUGUUCUAACUGCUCUAAUGGGUGUCAGUGGUGCUGGAAAAACAACUUUGAUGGAUGUUCUGGCUGGCCGUAAAACUGGUGGAUAUAUUGAGGGUAACAUUACUGUUUCUGGUUAUCCUAAGAAGCAGGAGACAUUCACUCGAAUAGCUGGGUACUGUGAGCAGAUUGACAUCCACUCGCCUCAUGUCACUGUCUACGAGUCCUUGAUCUACUCAGCCUGGCUGCGGUUGCCUUCAGAAGUUGAUACAGACAAAAGAAAGAUGUUUGUCAACGAGGUCCUGGAACUUGUUGAACUAGACAUCUUGAAGCAAGCGCUGGUAGGAUUGCCAGGUGUGGAUGGUCUUUCGACUGAGCAGCGCAAGAGGCUAACUAUUGCAGUUGAACUGGUAUCAAACCCCUCGAUAAUAUUCAUGGAUGAGCCAACUACAGGGCUAGAUGCAAGAGCUGCUGCAAUCGUGAUGAGAACAGUCAGGAACACUGUUGACACGGGAAGGACAGUUGUUUGCACUAUCCAUCAACCUAGCAUUGACAUAUUUGAAGCUUUCGACGAGCUUUUCUUGAUGAAGCGAGGAGGACAGGAGUUAUAUGCAGGGCCAGUGGGUCUCCAUUCUUGCGAAUUGAUCAAAUACUUUGAGGCGAUCCCAGGAAUAAAUAAAAUCAAAGAUGGAUAUAAUCCGGCAACCUGGAUGCUAGAAGUUACUGCAUCUUCUCAAGAAUUACUUCUGGGGGUUGAUUUCACUGCACUUUACCAAAAUUCAGAUCUGUACAAAAGAAACAAAGCCCUUAUUAGAGAUUUAAGCACACCAAGUCCUGGUUCUUCAGAUAUUAGCUUCCCGAGUCGGUACUCCCAAUCUUUCAUGGUCCAGUGUCUGGCUUGUCUAUGGAAACAACGAUGCUCGUAUUGGCGAAACACAUCGUAUACUGCACUAAGAUUUCUCACCGCGGUAGCUAUAGCAUUAUUGUUUGGGUCCAUGUUCUGGGACCUUGGUUGCAAAAUGGAUACUCAGCAAGAUCUGUUUAAUGCAAUGGGUUCGAUGUAUACGGCUUGCCUCUUCCUUGGGGUCCAAAAUGCUGCUUCAGUGCAGCCAGUUGUGGCUGUAGAACGCACUGUGUUUUACAGAGAAACAGCUGCAGGAAUGUAUUCAGCUUUGCCAUAUGCCCUUGCACAGGUUUUAGUGGAACUCCCAUAUAUCUUUUUUCAAGGUGGAGUAUAUGGUCUUAUUGUUUUUGUGAUGAUCGGAUUUGAAUGGACAGUGGUGAAAUUAUUUUGGUAUUUGUUCUUCAUGUUCUUCACCUUUCUCUACUUUACUCUAUACGGCAUGAUGACUGUGGCCUUAACUCCUAAUGCCGAAAUUGCUGCCAUCACUGCUACUGCAUUUUAUGGGAUAUGGAGUCUCUUUUCAGGAUUCUAUAUUCCUCGACCAAGCACGCCAAAAUGGUGGAGAUGGUAUGUCUGGCUAAAUCCAGUUGCUUACACCUUAUACGGUCUGGUUGCCUCACAAUUUGGAGACAUCGAAGACAAGAGCCUUACAACCACAAACCAAACAGUCCGGGAAUUCAUUGAAGAUUAUUUCGGAUUUUAUCAUGACAAGGUAUGGGCUGUUGGAGUCGCGGUAGUUGGAUUCUCAUUUCUCUUCGCAUUCACCUUUGCAUUCUCCAUAAAAGCCUUAAACUUCCAGAAACGCUAGGGAGGCUAUGCUACAUCUACUCCUAGCAUAAUUUGCUGAUUGAUCUUAAUGGGAUAUCAACAGGUUGUAAUACUAUUAGGCUGCCUAGCUAGUUCCCAGAGGUUAGCAAAUAAAGCAAGCAAAUAUUGGUUUCCUUUACGUAUGGAUUCUCAUUUAUAAUUUCAUCAGACUUCAAAUGUGUGAUAUACACAUGAAUGGAUUAAA